AUGGCUGCCGGGAAAAGCCGUACAGCAGUGAUUUCCGCAAAUCCUCUGAAGCUCGACGUCAGGAGUCAUUGGCAAUGCCUCACUAUCUGCUUUUUUAUGACCCUCUCCACUUUUCAAUACGGUCUUGAUUAUGCACUCAUUGGCGGCUUUCUCUCCAUGCCAGGCUUCCUUGAAGUCUACGGGUAUUAUGACCCCAAGUUAAAAAAGUGGAAUAUUGAUGCAACUGUUCAACAACUUAUGUCUUCGUUCGUCACAAUUGGGACCUUCGUUGGCUCUCUGUUGGUCGGCCCAAUCAGCUCAAGAUUUGGCCGGAAGCAUGGUUUAUGGGCGGCAUCCAUCCUCAACGCGAUUGCCGCUAUAAUCAUGAUUAGUACCACGAAUCUAGGAGCAAUGUAUGCAGCACGACUUAUUCUAGGUGUCGCUGUAGGCUGGUUCUUUACCUUCGCUCAAAUGUACAUCCACGAAUGUGCACCGGCUCAUCUUCGUGGCUUGGUGUUCAGUCUUUACCAAGUCAUGUUGUGUGUAGGGUCCAUUACUGGGGCCAGUAUUGACCUUGGAACUCACCAAAUGAAAGGCAGGAAGGCCUAUCAGAUUCCUCUUGCGAUGUUCUUUAUCGCCCCAACUAUUCAAUCAAUCGCGAGUAUAUGGGCACCCGAGAGCCCUCGGUGGUUGAUGUCUCAGGGCAGAGAUGAGGAGAGCGAGAAAGCAUUGAGAACGUUGAGAGGUAAGGCUAUCGAUGAGCAUCAGUUCCAGGCCGAAUUGAGCGAGAUCAGGGAAUCCACCAAGGAACAAGUGCAGGCAAACACUGGCUAUCUCUUUAUGGAGAUGUGGCGAGGAACUAAUUUAAGACGGACACUCCUUUGCUUCGCUGUAGUCUGUUUCCAUUGUGCUAAUGGCUCGUCUUGGAUUACCAAUUACACCACUUACUUCCUGACCGUGGCCGAUGUUGGGAAUGCCUUCGGUUACUCCGUCCUUCUAAACUGUAUUGGCCUUGUCGGCUGUCUGUUUAGCAUCUGCUUUGUUCGCUACCUCAACCGCCGCACUGUGCUUUUCUGGGGAUGUUUCCUCUGCGGUAUUUUCCAACUUGUCCCGGCCAUUGUCUGGGCGGCAGAGGGCUCCUCACCCGUCUCUGGCAAAACUAUUAUUGCUUUCUUUUGCCUAUUUUACUUUACAUACGUGGCUUAUUCUCCCCAGGCAUGGCUCGUAGGAGGCGAAUUCCCCAACAACCAUCUGCGUGCUUUCACUUAUGGUUCCGCAACUGCGCUCAACUUCUUGGGUACCUGGCUUGGUAUCUUUACUGCACCGUAUUUUAUCAACCCGCAACAACUUAGCUGGUCAGCAAAAUACGGAUUUAUUUGGUUUGGAUCCAACAUGGUCUUGUGUGUCUUUAUUCUAAUUUUCGUCCCGGAGACGAAGGAUCGGACUCUGGAGGAAAUCCACGAAAUGUUCGAAGCAAAAUUGCCGGUCCGGAAAUUCAAGACUUAUGUUUGUGUCGGCGUCGAGCAAUUUGCAGCUCAAGGCACUGCCAAGGCGGCAGAGAUAUUGGGCGAGAAAAUUUAUCCACAGGAGGAGAUUUUGGAGAAGAAGAGCCUGACGUCUUGA